GAGUGAAUCCUCUCACUUCCUACUGGCUGUGUAAGGCCAUGUUUAACAGCAGCUGCAGGAGACAACGGAUAGCAUAACGCUAAUGAUGGAAGAAUUUGCAGAUGGUGAAGCGCCUCCCAGCGAUCUGGUUCAGUGUAGCACCUGCAGCAGAUGUUUCUUCCGCAAUGUCCUGCAGAGGCAUGCAAAAAUCUGCCAAAAGUCAGCAGCCAAAAAGAGGAAGGUUUUUGACUCUAGUAGACAGAGAGCUGAGGGCACAGACAUCCCUGUGCUGAAACCAAUCACACCAAAGGCAGAGCCCCCUAAGAAGCCGUCCAACUGGCGCAAGAAACAUGAGGACUUCAUUACUACCAUCCGGGCUGCCAAGGCCCUCACUCAGGUCAUGAAGGACGGAGGACCAUUACCCCCACCACCUCCUCCUAGUUAUGACCCAGACUAUAUCCAGUGUCCUUGCUGUCAACGGAGAUUUAAUGAGAAUGCAGCUGAAAGACACAUCAAGUUCUGCCAGGAGCAGGCUGCCCGUAUGCCCAACAAGAGCAAGUUAGGAGUUGCUAAGAAGCCUCCUGGCACACAGUACAAGCCUCCUGCCCUUGUAAAGAAGGUGAACUCUCCUGCUGUAUCAACAAUCUCUUCAUCCACUUCUCGUUUACACCAGAGAUCAGACCUUGGACAGCCCACUGGAAACCCCUCCAGUAAGGCCUCCUCCACAGAUUCACUGAAGAGUAAUCCCUCCCGCCUUCCAGGCAUGCCUUCAAGUGUGCGAAGCAAGAUUCAAGCGGCGAGCUCUGGCUCUGUAAAGAGCACUGAGUCUGUAAUAGGAGUCAACAAGAAGAAAGUAGACACCUACAGAUCUAGGAAUUCUGUCACCGAUGGGAAACAAGUUGGCAAUGGUGGAAUGAAGAGCAACGUCUGCCACGCUUGUGGGACCAAGUAUCCUGUAGAGUCCGCCAAAUUCUGUUGUGAGUGUGGGGUCAGAAAGAUGUGUAUCUGAUCAAAAGAAGGAGAAAGUGGAGGAUGAACCAGUACUCAAGGUGGUAUCCAAGAUAUUCACAAAAACUUUGCAUCCUGCAGUAUUCAUUAGGUGCAUUUUGCAAAAAAAAAAAAAAGUUGCCGUUUCCCUUACAAAUUGCUGUAAAACACAAGUAAAGUAAAUGCAAAUAAAUCUGUU